UAAUGAAAAGAACAAUGUAGUCAGCUUAACUGAAUCAUCAGUGUUGCAUAUUGAAUAGAGCAUGACAAAAACCUUUCCUGAUGGACGUCUGCAUGUUAGGAAUAUAAAUUAUAUACUUUAAAGCCUUGGUGUUUUUUUUAAAGUUUUAAUAAUGGAGACGUAUGAAAAUGCACCUCCCCUUCCAAAAGAGCCAGCAACAGAAGUGAAUGUGGAGAACGAUUCUUGUCCCCCACCACUGCCGCCUAAUGAACAGCCUCCACCACCUCCCCUGCAAACGUCCAGUGACGCAGAGGUAAUGGACGUUGGCUCUGGUGGUGAUGGACAGUCAGAUACCCCUGCUGGGGACGCGCACACUGUCGACAGAACGCAGCUUCUCACAAGUGGAUCUUCAUGCUACAAAACUCGUCUUAUCGUAGAUCCUAAUAGUGACCAAAGUCCAAGAACUGCUCGUCAUGCGCCUUCAGUUAGAAAGUUCAUCCCUGAUCUUAAGUUGCUUAAAGAUGUAAAGAUUAGUGUUAGCUUUACAGAAAGCUGCAGAAGCAAAGACAGAAAAGUUCUGUACACUGGAGCUGAGCAAGAUUAUGAGACAGAUUCAGGUUUAGGUGUUAAUAAUGUCAAUGGUGAUAUGCAUGUAUGUCCUUUUGGGGGUAGUAAUGGUCGAGCUACGCGGGUAGCUGGUGAAACCGAUGACAAAAAAGAUGAUGAGAAUGAUGUAGAUCAAGAAAAGCGAGUGGAGUAUGCAGUUCUGGAUGAUUUAGAAGACUUUACUGACAACUUGAUGGAAGUAGAUGAAGAAGGAGGGUUUACAUCUAAAGCGAUUGUUCAAAGUGACAAAGCGGAUGAAGAGACCUUGAACUAUUCUUAUGAGGAUGAAUUUGAUAAUGAUGUGGAUGCUCUGCUGGAAGAGGGCCUUUGUGUUCCCAAGAAAAGGAGACUCAAUGAGAAAUAUGCAGGGGAGAGUGACCAUCAGUCUGAUGGGGAGACAAGUGUGCAACCCAUGAUGACCAAAAUAAAAACUGUUCUUAAAAUCCACAGAGAAUCCAGAGUUGUUACCUGGUCCAGACCUUACUUUUUGGGGACAGGAAGUAUAAGGAAACAUGACCCACCUUUGAGUAGCAUUCCUUGCUUACAUUACAAGAAGAUGAAGGAGAACGAGGAAAGGGAACAAAACAACGACAUAACACCAAAUGGUGAAGUCUCGCCUAUAAAACUCAUGCAUAAGUCUUUAGAAUCGGAGUGCCAAGCAGAGGAGCCUGAUUCCACGGGUGCUGAUUCAGGGACUUUAGAUGAGAAAGACCCUUCUGGGGGAGAUGCAGCACAAGGAGCCUUAGGUCAAGUUAAGGCCAAAGUGGAAGUGUGCAAAGAUGAAUCAGUAGACCUGGAAGAUUUUAGACAUUACCUUGAAAAGCGUUUUGACUUUGAGCAAGUAACUGUAAAAAAGUUCAGAACCUGGGCAGAGAGGCGACAGUUCAACCGUGAGAUGAAGAGAAAACAGGCAGAGUCUGAGCGGCCCAUCCUGCCAGCCAAUCAAAAGCUGAUUACCUUGUCUGUACAAGAUGCGCCUACAAAGAAAGAAUUUGUUAUUAAUCCCAAUGGGAAAUCUGAAGUUUGCAUCCUGCAUGAAUAUAUGCAACGAGUCCUAAAGGUUCGCCCCGUUUACAAUUUCUUUGAAUGUGAGAAUCCAAGUGAGCCUUUUGGAGCCUCUGUUAUUAUUGAUGGAGUGACAUAUGGAGCAGGAACUGCAAGCAGCAAAAAACUUGCCAAGAAUAAAGCUGCCCGAGCGACACUGGAAAUCCUCAUUCCUGACUUUGUUAAGCAGACUUCUGAGGAAAAGCCCAAAGAUAGUGAAGAACUAGAGUAUUUUAACCAUAUCAGUAUUGAGGACUCACGGGUAUAUGAACUGACCAGUAAAGCUGGACUAUUGUCUCCAUAUCAAAUCCUUCAUGAGUGCCUUAAAAGAAACCAUGGAAUGGGUGAUACAUCCAUAAAGUUUGAAGUGAUUCCUGGUAAGAAUCAGAAGAGCGAAUAUGUCAUGACUUGUGGGAAGCACACAGUGCGUGGCUGGUGUAAAAAUAAGAGAGUUGGAAAACAGUUGGCGUCUCAGAAAAUCCUUCAGCUGCUUCACCCGCAUGUGAAAAACUGGGGCUCGUUACUGCGCAUGUAUGGUAGAGAGAGCAGUAAGAUGGUGAAACAGGAAACGUCUGAUAAAAGUGUGAUAGAGCUUCAGCAGUAUGCCAAAAAGAACAAGCCAAAUCUACACAUUCUGAACAAGUUACAGGAAGAAAUGAGGAAAUUGGCGCAAGAGAGGGAGGAAACACGAAAGAAGCCCAAGAUGACGAUUGUAGAAUCUGCUCAACCUGGUAGCGAGCCUCUCUGCACAGUUGACGUGUGACCAGAAAAUGUAAACAGUUGGGGAGCAAUAAACAAGCGGCAAGAGCUAGUUCUUUCCAGCUAUUAUUUAAGAAUUGGUUUGCUUCAGAAUGCAAAAUAGUCCAAGCUGCUUCAAAUAUGCAUUGUUCUUCAUCAGGGCAAUAGUACUUUGAGUUUUGUUGAAUUUUUUUUUUUUUUGGCAUUGGUCAUCAACUAUUAUUUUCUUUCAUGUGAAGGCUGGAUGCUUGUUCACUUAAUCAUCACUGGCCCCUUGUGGACGGGAGCUCACACUUAAUUCUUUAAUUGCGUGUGUGAAUUUGGAACCUUGCAGUGACUGUGCCCACUUCUCUCCUGGACUGUCUGAUGUGUGAGGCAAAAUUAUUUAGCAUCGGCCUUGUGUGCUGGAGUUUGUUCGCCUGAGGGGGCCCAAGGUUGGACUGAGGUUCUGCCUUUGCCCCCCCCCCCGGGGGGGGGGCUUGCAGAGGCAGCUCAGGGUGGA